AUGGGCGAAUCAAAUGGAUCGGGAGAACAAGGUAGCCCGUAUGCUUCGGGUACCAUUGCAAAAUUGACUUCCGAUAUUCUGAACGACACCUUCUACAACAUCGUGUACGAUAUUGUUGCCAAGGUUCAUCGAGAUGAGAAAGUCGCCCGCAUGCGCUCCGCCGUCGUCGCGGCGAGACAAAAAGCCGAAGAUGAAGCGGCCAGACGUCGCGAAGAAUCCGGCAACAAAUCUACCAACCCGCUAAACUCGGGCGAUCCUGACUCUGAAGAGUUCAAGGAUCUUCGAGUGGAAACUGAUGCGGCCAUUUUCGAAGACAGCAAAGUCUACCUCAAGGGGAAUCCGCUUCAGACAGUCAAAGACGUCGUCUGCCCUGAUUGCCGGCUACAGCGUCUGCUAUACCCGCCCACUGGGGUCGGGGCGCGACAACCGCCCGAUCCUUAUCGAGAAUACUGCACCGAGACGCCGAUGAUUAACAAGCCGGGUCACGACGUACAUGGCAAUCCGUUCGCGACCGACAAAUUGAAUCCCAAGAAGAAGAAACAGACCAAUUCAUCUAACACUCCGGCAUCGAGUCCUCCUACGACGCCCGACGGCUCCUUCAAGCACGCGGCACCGGAGAAAAUUUCAUUUCCGACGGUCAAGUGCCCGCAAUGUCCGAGAUACUUCGUCGUGACGCGUGUAGCGCAGCACAUGGAUCGAUGUAUGGGACUUUCUGGUCGGCAAACCAGUCGAAACAAAACACCCAUGGAGAACGGCACCAGCACGCCCACAUCCGCUCCGCCGAAGCGGCCGUUAGAGGAUGAUACGCCGUCGCCGGCUCUCACGAAGAAGAAAAAAUUAGGGGCUCCGAAGAAACUCUCGGGAAAAAAGCCACCUCCUGCUCCUAGCAGUAAAUUAAAAAACGGCCUCACGCCUGACAUGGCCGCUGCCGCAGAUGCAGCAGCUUCAGGAGACGCCGACAUUAAAAGUGAGGUGAACGGAGAUUGA